UCCAGAUCCGAAUUUUUAAAUCAGAAUGUGAGGAGAGCUGAGAGAACCAAGAAACUGACAUUAAUACAAGUUCCAAUUCUAACCCUAUUCAGUGAAGCUUGAAAUUUGAAAUGAUGAAUGGGUUUUUGUUGUAAACCAAGAAAACAGGAGAAGAUUGGAUGGGUUGGACUUCGAACCAAGAUGGUUCCUACUCUCUCUCUUCUACUAACAGGAUUAUCCUGUGCGUCUGGGUUUAUGCAGAGCUUUCUAGAGAAACCAGCAGAUGUCGCCGUUAUAGAACAUGAAAGCGUUAUUUUACGGUGUAAGAUCAAGAACCUGGCCGGAAAAGUUCAAUGGACAAGUGAUGGAUUUGCAAUGGGUUACACCCUCGACACGAUCAGGGAUUACUGUAAGAAGUGUGAACCAGUUGGAGACACAGCUAAGGGAGAGUAUCAUCUUAAGGUUAAAAACGUCGAGCUCGAGCAACAUAAUUCUUUCGAAUGCCAGGUUUCGCCAGAUCCGGAGAAUAAACAUUCUGAGAUCAGAGCUUCUGCAAAUAUACAAGUUCUAGUUCCACCGAAGAGGAUAUCUCUAGAACCUGACGAAGUUGUAGAAAUGCGAGCAGAUUUUCCAAGUAAAUUGAGAUGCCGUGUAUGGGAGAGUAACCCUCCUGCAAAUAUUCUCUGGUUUCUAGAUGGACAGCGAAUUCUAGAUCAAGAAAUCCACGAAACCCAAAGUUCUGGAAGACGGAAUGGGACUUAUGAUACAGAAAAUACUUUAACCUUCACUCCUAGUCCCGCUCAUCACAAUUCUGUUAUAACUUGCAGCCCAAAUGAGUUAGGCGGAGUCGGCGGAGAACAAGCUCUCUCUUGUACAAUUAAGAAUCAGAGUGAGAGCCUGUUCCACGCCGACUACGCCUAA